AGCUGGUUAUGCAGGCCCAAGAAACGCCCAAUGAGCGUCAAGAAGGGCAUCCCCCAAAAACCCAUGGGAUCCAACACCCCCAGUCGAGUCGAGACCGUCCACGCCGUGGCUUGGAAGCUCGGAAGCGACCGGGAGCAUGGCCGCGCUCGUGACCUGCGCCUUUCAAGCGAAUCAGCUGGUGCAAGUGCUCUCAAAGUCGAGUGGUGCGUGGGUGGAUGCCACAGUGCACCAAGUUCUGCAGGAUGGCGCCGUUUGGGUGCGGUACGGCAACGCACAGAAGGUGAUCCCAAUAGAGCUCCAAAGCUCGACGUUGCGCAGCAAGUCUGCACCGCUGCCUGCGCAUGGGGAGCGGGUGCAAGUGUAUUCAAAGAGCCAGCGGCAGUGGAUUACCGGGCGAGUGCGAGAAAUUUGGCCGGAUGGCUCCGUCCAUGUGCAAUACGAGGACGCGAAGCACUUGUACAAGGUCAUCGCACCCGAGCUUCAGGACAGCUUGCUUCGGCCAUUGGAGGUGAAGGUGGAUGCUCAGGAACCAGCACAAGCACCAACCAAACCACCUCAGGUGGACGAGGAGCGCGCAGAGCAACGGCGCUUGGCGGAGCUGGCGGACGAGUCAGAACGGCUGAAAGCCACGAUCGCAAGGCAGCAGGAGCAGAUCAAUGCCUUGCUGCAGAAGGAGGUCGGCGCGUCAGACGUGCCCGCCGCAAGUCACGCGGCGUCCGAAGUGCCUGCCGCAAGUCAUGCAGAGAACUGGAGCUGCAAGGAUUGCACUUUUCAGAACGUGGAGCCGCUCCAGGAGUGUGAGAUGUGCGGCGCUCCACGCGUCUCCACGGUGCCGGAAGCGCCGCCGGCCAAGCGCGUCCGCCGCGCGCCGCCGGUGAUCGACGUACCCGUGGAGCCGCCGGCGGUGGAGCCGGGUGCGGCGGAGUUCUUGCGAAGGGCGACGGAGGUGGUGGAAGCUUCGCAAGGGUCACAGCCCUGCUCUCGAAAUGCCGCUGAGCUGGUGGAGAUCCCACUGGAGGGUGAGGAGGCCGCAACCAGCAGCGAGGCUGGUGGCCAGUCUUUGGCACGGCUGCCGCGGAGCUUCCAUGAGAAACUGUGCCCCUACCAGCGUGCAGGGGUGGCCUGGAUGUGGCGCCUCAAGCAGCGGCGCUCGGGAGGGAUCCUGGCCGACGAGAUGGGUUUGGGGAAGACCGUGCAGGCCUGCGGCAUGAUCCAGGCCCUGCAGUCGCCCAGUAGUCGCUCCAGCCACAUCUUAGUGAUUAUGCCCGUGACCCUGUUGGAUCAGUGGGCGAAGGAAUUGGCACGCUGGUGCCCCACAGUGCGGGUCUACAUCUACCACGGCUCUUCAGGACAUCGAAAUCGAGCGCUGCGUGCCGUCAUGCGCGGCGGAGUGCUUCUGACCUCGUAUGCGAUCCUGAAGAACGAGGAGGAGAAGCUGGCGUGUGUGAAUGCUUCGGAGGCGAUGCAAGGCACCUGGUUGAAGAAGAAGGAGGACCUGCCACGUGACAAGCCCUGGGACUUGGUCAUUUGCGACGAGGCUCACGUGAUGAGAACCAUUUCCACUUUGUUGGGCAAGGCGAUGCGGAAGAUCUCCUCCUCCUGUCGCAUUUUGCUCACAGGCACUCCUGUGCAGAAUGCCUUGCAAGAUCUUUGGGCUCUCAUGGACUUCGCCGAGCCUGGACUUCUGGGCAACCACGCGACCUUCACCAAGCGCUUCAAUGACCCAAUCGAGAAAGGCAGCUUGCGCGAUGCGUCGCCUUCGGCGGUCGCCUUGAAGAAGCACCUCUGUGAGCAGCUCUGGACCCUGGCGAAGCCCCACCUGCUUCGGAGGACCAAGGAGCACCUGCAGGCCGAGAGCUCCGAGGCGAUCCUCGGGAAGCCGCUGUCUCCUCGCAUGGAGUUCGUGGUGUGGCUCACCCCAUCCAGAGAUCAAGUCCGCACCUAUCAGAAAGCCUUGGAGACCAGCGACAUCAUCCACGAAGCCAAUUGCAAGAGCAAGUUGGGUGUCGAGGUCUUCCGUGCCAUUGCCCUGCUGAAACGGCUUUGCAACCAUCCCGUCCUUGCCAUCAAGCCCGAGGCCUGGAAAGAGCUCCUGGCGAGCGCCGGGUGCAGCCCGGAGGCACCGGCAGCGAUUGCAGCAGAGGAGGACAAGGAAGAGGAGGAGGCUGCGGACCCUGGUAAAGCAGUAGAGCGGAUGCUGAAGAACCUCAAGCGUGACGCCAUCUCCCUGGUGGGUCAGAGUGCCAAGUUGCAGUGCUUGAGUUCGCUGUUGCCCUCCUUGGCGUCCAAGGGGCACCGGACGCUGAUUUUCUCUCAGGGCGUUCGCAUGAUGGACUUAGUCGAGCUUUGCGUUCUGAAGCGCCUCCAGCUCAGCUACUUGCGCAUCGACGGAUCGACUGACGUGAACGCGCGCAACACGGCGGUGCAGAAGUUCCAAGAGACCAAGGACUACAGCUGCAUGCUCUUGACCACCAAAGUGGGUGGCUACGGCCUCAACUUGACCAGCGCCGACCGGGUCAUCAUCUUGGACCCUGCAUGGAAUCCUGCAGUGGACAUGCAGGCAGUGGAUCGUGCACAUCGGAUUGGACAAGAGAAGGAGGUGAAGACCUAUCGAUUGGUCAUGAGUGGGCUCAUAGAGGACAAGAUGUUCCGGUUGCAGGUCUUCAAAAUGGGCUUGACCAAGACGGCCUUGGAGACCAAGCAGCAACAGCGGUAUUUCACGGCCGAGGAGAUCCAUGGGCUCUUCGAGUGGACGGACCCCAAGUUGGGCGAGACCCGCAAGCUGCUCCGGGAUAUGCAUGGCAUCGAGGACUGCGCAGCGGUGAGUGAUCCGGGCCUCACGAAUGUGGCGGGACUCAGUAGCUUCUCCUACUUGUACCAGACACUCCAGGGAGAGGAGGAGAUCGGUGAAGAAAUGGCACCAGAAGUCAGGCUGAUGAAGGCCCAGCUGAAGGUGGCGGAGGAAGCGGCGGGAAAGGCUGCGCAGACUCGCCUGGAGGUGGAGACCUCGCUCCAAAAGGCCCAGCAGGAACUGCAGAAGACCCAGGAUGAACGAGAUCUCACUGGCGCGCGGAAGGCGGCGAAUGGCCAGGUGAAGCGAGCCCAGGCUGCGGUGGUGCAAUGGAAACGGAAGGAGGCGAUGAUCAUGGCAGACGUGGAGAAAGCCACCAAAGCCAGGGACGCUUCCUUGAAGGAAGUGACUGCUGCAGAUGAGCAACAGAAGCAGCUCUCGGAAGAAGCGGCCAUCGCCACGGCCUCAGCGGCAGAGGCCAGCCAAGGGCUGGCCGCGGCGGAAAGCCGCGUGGCGAAGCUGGUGGAGGCCCUUCAGAUCGUGUUGGCCAACACAGCGAAGAAUGCCUUCAAGGUGCCUGCGCGGCUGGCCGAAGCUCUACAGGCACAUGGCGAGGCCAAAAGAUCGAUGGAUGACGAGUGGGAGAAAUUGCUGGAGAUCGAGAGCCGCUAUGAGGAGUGCUUUGGCCCAUCCUUGAGGUGCCAAGCGGAGAUGAACAUCGUCAUGCAGGGCUUGGGCCACAGUGGCUCCGUGCCGCUGAAGACCUCCCAAGCGGCGCGAAGGAGCGCGGAGAAGGAGAAAGCGCAAGCGGAGAAGUCCUUGGCGAAGGCCACGGUCUUAAGCUCCAAGGCUGUGGAGCAGUUGAACCAGGCCAUGGCAGAGCUCAAGAAGCUCCUGGACAACUCGGGUGGGGAAGCUACACGAGACCAGGACCAGGAGCUCCAAGAGGCUUGGGCUCAGCUGCUCCAGCACCGUGAGGACGCCGCCAAGGCGCAGGCCGCCGAGCGCCGACUCCGGCGCUCCAGGCUGGCGGCUGGGCGGAAAGUCAAAGAGCAACAAGCCAGACAUGCAGCAGUCGAGAAAGACCUGGCCAAAGCGUCGAAGGAGAUGCAGGCGUGGCAAGCGGAGCUGGCAGAACUGGAGCAGCAGCUCAGCGAGGCGCAGCAGCAAUGCCUAGAGGUCGAAGAAGCCGAGCGAACCAGGAAGCGAAAACGGGACGAGUGGCGAGCGAGCAUCAGCGAGGCCAAAGAGUCGUUGAAGUCGGCGCGCCUCGCGGAGAAGACCGCGGCGGCCGAGAGGACCGCGUUGUACAAACACUACGCGCAGGCUGACGAGGCGUUGAAGGACGCCCUGAAGGACGCGCGCUCCGCUGAGCGCGCGGCGGCUCAAGAGCGGCAGAAGGCCAUCGCUGCCAUCCAGGCCCUCAAAGCUGAAGCCUAUGAUGCAAACCAGGUCGUGGAAGCUUACGAAGCCAAGAAACGCGUCCGGCCCAGCGAAGCAGUGGAUUAAACGGGUGACGCUAACGCUGAGAAACCCGUCGUCCACUACCGAAGACGUCAGUGGAUCGUGUGCAA